AGUCUUUGCUCUUUGGGCACAAUUCAAAAAAUAGCCGUUUGCGCAUAGGCGACUUGUCGAAUUUUAAUUUUAAAUUCUAAAACUUCUAUGAAAAAAGUAUUGUGUAACUACAAGUUGUGUUUUUAUAUCUUUAUUAGAUAAUAGUAAUACUUAAUGUAAUAAUCAUCAUUAUCUUCUUCUUAGACAGAAUAUUCUUGAUGUGUAAAGUAGUCAAAUUAUAAUCACAGAAAUGGUGGAUCCCUUGGCUGUAAUAUAUAAUGAGGGAUACUGGCGAGUAUGUAACGUAUCGCCUAUGUAUCGAUGCCACUUCAGUGAAAUUAAUAUAAAAAGAUACUCUUCGAAAAUUCGUCAAGAUUUAGCAAGCGAUGCGGGUAUUAGUUCUGGCUCAUUAUUGCAAGUCUCCAUUGAAAACCUACCCUUGUUAAAAUACUCGCAUGAAGAUCCCAACGGCCUACAGAUAACAGUAACUACAUGUCAUAAAAAUCGUUUUCAAACAACCAACAAAGAGGUGUAUGUGGCGAUUCUUCUUGGAUGGGGACAUGGGCUUCCCUUGUCCAACCAGUUCAUCACCUUUUUACCUUACAUGCUGGAACGUGGGGAGAAAAGAGUGGGUGAAACAGUGAAGAACAGUUUACAAUUAAUGUUUGAUUGUAAUAUUACACCCUUUUGUUUCACUCAGGUUGAUCUCCUGAGGUUUUUAUUUGAAAUACUCGAAAAUGACACAUCCAAGAGUACAGAUUCAUUGUCACUAGGAUAUAAGUUAUCACCGCAAGUCAACUUUAGUGACAAAGGCACACUUACUUUUGAUAUUGGUGACAUACGAACAAUAUGGAAUAGGGUCAAAGAAUAUUACGACAAACAUGAGCAACUUUUCUAUGCAUAUAACCAUAUUAAGACACAAAUAAACCAUGCUUUCCAACUAGAUGUCACAGUGUUGCCAUUGCGUGAAAUUGCAUUGCCAAAAGCAGAGGUAAAAAGCACUGGUGUGGUGAAAAUGAAAACUCCGGAAAUUAUUAAUGCAGUGUUCACAGUCUUGAAUAAAAUCUACGUCGUGGACUGGUUGCAACAUGAAUUGUUACUAAAUAACUUGUAACAUUAUUGGGUUUCUAGUUUUUUAACACCAGUUUGUUAUUUAAAAUGUGUUUGCUAUUUUUUUGACGACCUCCGUGGCGCAAAAAUGUGCGCGGUGAAGUUACAAGACGGAGGUCCUGGGUUUGAUCCCCGGCUGGGUCGAUUGAGAUUUUCUUAAUUGGUCCAGGUCUGGCUGGUGGGAGGCUUCGGCCGUGUUACCACCCUACCGAUAAAGACGUACCGCCAAGCGAUUUAGCGUUCCGGUACGAUGUCGCGUAGAAACCGAAAGGGGUGUGAAUUUUCAUCCUCGUCCUAACAAGUUAGCCCGCUU